UGUUUACAUGUUUCUGCCUUUCAUUGAUCUUAUGUCUACAGUACACACAUUUUAAAAAUGUUUAUUUUAAAUGAUGUCUUGUGGAAAAAGUAAAAACACUAGGCACGAAAUAAAUAAUAAUUCAAAUAAUUCUGUGGGCAAUGAUCAAUUCAAGUACACACGGAAUCACAAGAUUCGUUACGAACAGAAUGUCCCGCACCAGUUUGCGAGUAAUCUCAUGCCUGAUAAUGCUGGCGAGCAAAAGGAUCGUUUUCUUCGGCGUAACAUAACGCCUGAAUUUCACCUAAAAGUUAUCCCAGGAGAGCUAGAAUCAGCUAUAUUACAUGAUUCUGGACAUAUCACUUUCACUUUAUUUAGAGAAGCAACUCGAAUUCUAGAUACUGUGUGCAGGAAAUUUAAAAGCAUUGAUAAUUUUGUGGAGCAAAGUUUUGGACCUAGAAUUUCUGUUGAAGAAGCAACUCAAAAGAUCACUGAAUACAUAAAAGAGGCAAAUUUGCCAACAAACUUAGAGGUUAUUUGGUGUGAGGAUUUAAUAGGAAGCGCUCUGAUGUGCAGUACUGGUAUUGAUAAAAAUGGUAACAUACCCCGGCAUAGAAAAUUCACAAUGCUGCUAAAAACGAAUGAGGAAAAUACAUACUUACGUGAGAGAGGCAUAAUGUGCUUGAUGGAUCAUGAACUGGGAACACACUAUCAUAGGUCAUUUAAUGAAGGUCUUCAGCCAUGGUAUGGUAAAAGAGAUAUAUACGGUCUUGGGCCAACAAAUACUUGUGAAGCAGUUAAAAUUGAAGAAGGUCUUGCCUGCUUGCAUACAGUAUUUCGUGCACAAUAUCGUUAUUUGGGUGUACCAGCACUUCUGUAUUAUGGUUCUUGUAUGGCUGAAUAUUUACCUUUUAAAGAAUUAUUUGAACAUCUUGGAAAGUAUGUAUCGAAUGAAGAGCAACGUUGGAAACACUGUAUGCGAAUUAAGCGUUGUUUACCUAGUCAAGAUAAGUGUGGUGGCUACGGAAAGGAUCAAAGAUAUUUUGAAGGAGCAGUUAAAAUCCUUCGAAAUCAAGCCAAUGUUGACUUCAAUCUUUUAAUGGCUGGUAAACUGACCUUGGAAGAAACGCAUAAAGUUCGUCGAUGUGCAAUCAUGUCUGCAGUUCGUCUACCGUUAUUUAUGCAAGACAAAGAAAAGUAUCUCACUGGUUUACGUACAAUAGCUCGGUUGAAUGGUAUUAAAAUUUUAGAACAAACUGUGGCAAAACCAAGUUCUCUGGCUUCACGUUCAUCAGCUCCUGUAAAACUCUCACCGCUAUCUUCAACAAGUUCAUUUCUCACUCACAAGCCUCUGAACCAAUCGUCAACCAGUAAAACAUCUUUUGGCGAAAAAAAUGAUAAGAAAUCUGAUAAAUCGUCUGUCACAUACAACAAUCGAACAUCAAAUAUGCAGACACCUUCUGAAAAGGUGGAACUAUCAUUAGCACCACCCACUGAAGAAUUAUCAACUAAUCUUUCCAAAUUAAUCAAAGCAAGACAACAAAAUCCUGAAGAGGCCACCUCUCGUACAAAAGUCAACGGUACAGCUCAAAAUCGUGUGAAAGGUAGACUUUUAAAGUCAUUAGACAAAUUUGAACUUACCCGGAAUGAAUUCACUAACGCACUAACAUUUGUAGGAAAUAAAGAGUAUGCAGAGAAAUCAAAACAUAAGUAUCGAUUUCUGCCCCGAAGUAAUGGUGCUACAGUCUCCUGUAAACAGUCGACUGACGAUAACAACAGUCCACUUCAUAAUGGUGGUGGUGGUCGUGGUGGUGUUGACAAUUUGUUUGAGAAUGGGAUAAAAUUUCUACCCAAAGGGGUUUGUGGUUGUCAGUUGUUUACGCAUGGAUCUUUUAAGUUCCCAAUGGAAAAUGAGAAUGAUAAAAAUAUGGAGAUCAGUGAAACUGCUAAUUGUACUGCGUCUACUACGAACUGGGAUGACAGAAAAGUGGACAAUAAUCCAAGUGGUUUAAAGAAUAUCAGUGUACCAGUUGUACUGGAAAUCGAUCUACGCCAUCCAGUGAUUGGAUUAUAAUCGAUUUAAUUAAUUAACUAGCCACUAGUGAAUGGACAAUGGCUUUCGCUUAACAUCACUGCUUGGAUAUAUAUACUUUCUUCUUGUGUCUUUGGCCCUGGUAUUUUCCUCUGAUUGGCAUCGCUGAUUCACUUAGUUCGCAUAAAUUCAAGCCAUUAACAACAAUAACCAACAUAAUAUUCAACAAAAUCAGUUGGCAAGGCGGUCAUAACACACCUAAAACCAUCUUGAAAAAAUGUUUACUUCUCUCUUCACAUUGUGUGUGUGUGUGCUUGGCAAAAAUGCGAAAGGUGUGGAAAAAAAACUCAUUUUUUGUACACACACUGGUAAUUGUCAAUUCAUAAGACUGCAG